AGAGGCAGUAGAAGUUAGAACAGGUAGAGGUGUAGAGUAUGAGGAGGGAGAGGGAAGGGUUAAAGGCAUUAUCGCAGCCAUUAGAAGGAAAAGUUGUAGCAAUACAAGCACAGUAGACUUCUCUUUCCCCCUCUGCCCCCCUCCUUUUCUUUCCCCUACUCCUCUCUUCCCAAGCUGGAUCAGUGUGUAGGGAGGGCAGUCAUCACGCCAUCCUGAGCAGCAAGAGCUGACGUUGGACGAAGCUGCCAGGUAGCUGAAAAAAGGCACAGAAGGCAGCUGAUACCCACUUUUCAACGGUUUGUGUUUUUUUUUAGUCUGUAUCUGGACUUCAAGCAACACAGCGCCUGAGACAGCUCAUCUGAACUACGCUGUAUUGCAAUACUCGCUCUUCUCAAAGAAAAAGACUCCACUGAGCAGCAGAAUGCUGCCAGUGUCGCAGCCAGGUCUACAAUACAGAGCCUUUUUGUAACAUUGCAAAUUUCUUUCUCUUCAGAUAUUUGAAAUACAUACAUACACUUAUAUAUCAGUUCUUUCUUUUCUGAGGACACCUUUGGCUUUUUUUUUUUUUUCCCUGAUGUGACUUCUUCAUCUUGGAAUGAUGGGGAUCUUUCUAGCUUAUAUUGGAUUCAUUUUCUUUUCAGUUAUGUAUAUUCAACAAGGACUUUCUACCCAAGCAAAAUUCACAGAGUUUCCCCGAAAUGUCACGGCCACUGAAGGGCAGAACGUGGAGAUGUCUUGUGCUUUCCAAAGUGGCUCUACUUCAGUGUACCUUGAAAUCCAGUGGUGGUUUCUGCGGGCAGCUGAGGACCAAGAGGCUGGAGCUGAGGUGACAGGCACUCAGGUGGAGCUCCUGCCCGAGCGGGACCUGGACAGCGACGGCACGAAGAUUAGCACAGUGAAAGUACAAGGGAAUGACAUCUCCCACAAGCUGCAGAUUUCAAAAGUGAGGAAAAAGGAUGAAGGCUUGUAUGAGUGCAGGGUGACCGAUGCCAACUAUGGAGACCUUCAGGAAUACAAGGCCCAGGCGUUUCUCAAAGUCAAUGCUAACAGCCACUCUCGGCGAAUGCAAGCCUUUGAGGCAUCCCCCAUGUGGUUGCAAGACAUGAAACCUCGUAGAAACAUCUCAGCAGCUGUCCCAAGUAGCAUCCACAAUUCUGCCAAUCAGCGUGUACGUGCCACCUCCAGCCCUGAAGCAGCAGCCAAAAUCCCCAAACAAAGUCCACAAUCAGGUGCGAGGAUAGCUACAAGCCAUGGACUUUCUGUCCUGCUUCUUGUUUGUGGCUUUGUGAAGGGUGCUUUGCUUUAAUCUAAAAGUGCUGACUUUUUCCAAUAUCACUUUCUCUUCUUAAAGCAAAGAGCAAAUCGCCUGUAAAAUCCACGGAGCGGACAGCAAAGUUGACCCUAACCUCCAACCACCACUCUGCACCCAAUGUACUCUAAAUCUCUACACAAGGAGCACCUUCUUCAGGAAGUACAAACAAAAUUAUUAAAUAAAUAAAAUAAAAUAAAAUAAAUAUUAUAAAAAAAAGAAGAGGAUACCACAUGUUUUCUUGAUAUAUCUUAUUUUCUUUGGCGUAUCACUGAUAUUUUAUUUGAAGAGAACUGGUGUGAUGUAAUCAAACGUUUUGUAACAGCAAGACCUAGUUUCCUUUUCUUUCGGCAAGGAGAAGCCUCAUCCUUGACUUCUCAGGGGUUGGCCUGCGAGUCCUCAGUAUUACAGAAUUAACCAUGGAUGACAUUUGGUUUCCUACACUGAAAGAACCGUUCCAGCCUGGAAGUAAAAAGAGGCCAAAUAAUGAAACAAACUAUAGUGAUUUAAAAUAAAUAGAAUACACACAAACUUUAUCAAAAAAACUUUUUUUUUUUUUUUGCAUGAGGAAUAGGAAUAAUCUACUAAGCAGCUCAGCAGACUAGGGGACGUUGUUUCUGAAAAACAUAUGAGGAUAUUUUUCUUCUGAGAUUUUUUUCUUUUUGCUUUUCAAUAUAUUAUUCUUUUCCCCCUUUGAUGUUUUUUUCCUGUCUUUGUGUUUUUUCUUGUUCAAUGAUGGCAAAUACCAACUUAGGCCAACCCCUGAUGACUAUGUGGAGGUUUAUAUAUAUAUACAUCUCUUUUUUUGUGUGUGUGCGUUCUAUAUUUCAGUGUGUUUUCUCUAAUUUUGCAACUCCUGUAUAUGCAAAACCAACUUAAAUUCUGUAAAUUGCUUACAGUCUGUGUGAUAUAACUUCAGAGUAGACAUACUUUGGUCCUCAUGCAAGCCAGUUUUUAAUAUUAUCUAUAUGUCGUGCCACCACGAAACAUCUUUAUUUCAUUUUUUGACAAAUCAUCACUUUUUAGUUUUUAGUUCAGUAAUGUGUGGAUUUUGUAAUGCAUAUCUUCACUUUGACGGGUUUGACUCCCUUCAGCCCUCUGUUUACUCUGUAAAUGCACAUUAAAAUUUGUUAUGGUCUCUAGACAAUGAAUUAUUUUAGUUUGUAUGUUGUGUUGGAGUUCAGAUGCUGAAAGCUCUUUGAACUUGUGAUGUUUAUAGAAGAUGAAGUGAUUCAAUCACUAGAGACUGUAAAAUGCAGGUUUGCAGUCAAAUACUGCGCAUAAAGGAAGGUUAGAAACAGAAAACAGACAAAUAAACCAGAAUGUGUCUUUAAGGAUGUUCUUUUGGUAAAGAGUUUUAGGAAAGUGAAUUUCUUACACUGAUAAAAUAUAUUUGCAUCACAGCUCCUUCUACAUGGCCAAAGAAGUGUCUUUCUUUGCUUUUUCUGAAAGUGGAUUGUCAUUACUCAUUGAUAUUCUCAAUUAAAAUACUUUUUGUCUGUGAAAUGAA